AUGAAACUUUUUUCUUCGCUCCUUGCUUCGACCGCUCUGGCCGAUGUCUACAUGCACUUCCCGAGGGGCUCCAACAACCGGCUCAACGAAAACUCCGAGGGCCGACGAAACGCAAAUCGCCUUUUCGAUUCUCAGAACAACAACGAGGGCGGCUACAACGUCGGCGAUAGAUUCGACACAGCCGCCAAAACUGCUGAUGAACAAAGCAAAGCUGUCUUCUUCGAGUCCACUAGCGAGGCUGCUUCUGAAAUCGCCAUUGAAUGGUGGAACCAGCACGGCUGCGGCAAACGCGACGAAAACGACGCCAACUGGGUCAACUGCCAGAUCGUUCUUCAGUACAUGUGCGAGGACUCCUCCUCCACCAAGAUCCAAAACGGACUCAACACGAAUACUCCUGCUUACCGCCGACCAAAUAACGAUGAAUCGCAGCAGCAAUAUGCUGAACGCCGUCGCAAAGAUACGACAGACAACGAUCACGCUGAACGAGGAGUGCACGAGUCUUGGGAGUACUACGACUCCUGCUACAAGAGAGACAGAAACUACGGCCUUUUCACUGGCAACGAAGGCCGAGUCCGAGGCGGCGCGAUCUACACUCGACAGAAUCCUGGAGGAACUCGACGCGGUUACGAGUGCCCAGAAGAGAGAGACUAUUAUCCUUACUGGCAUCCUAAUCCCUGGAAAGACAUUGCGGUCCUCACUUCGGAGCCAGAAAAAUGCCAGGACCUCACUGCAGAGAAUGGAAACAGAAACAUGAAAUACGAGUGCGUCCACAAAAUUGACGAAAACACAACUCUCGGCUACAGCAAAUACAACAACCAAGAAGAGUGCGAGCACUUCGGGGGCGAGUGGGUCGGAUUCUACAACGCAAAAUUCAUCUUUGAAGAAAUCGAAGACAAAGAUGACUGCGACGCUCUUGCCAAAGACUCCGAUUUCAAAAACGAUAUCAUCUGGGGAAUUCCUUACCGAACUGGUGAAGGCCGAAGAGCAGCUCCGCAAGAAAAAUGUCUUCUUUUGGAAGAAGCACCCGAAUGCAAGAAAGCGCCCUGGUCCCGCGCCAACCACCUUGGCCAAAUUGACGACACCGACUACUUUCCGACUUACAAAUGGGAGCUUCCAAACUUCCACAGCCUCCUCGAAUCCCAAGAAUGCGUUCUCCGAAUCCGAUACAACAUCACCACCAACGACUACGUCGACGACUUCGCCUCCGAAAACCGCAAAGCCUACUUUCCCGGACUCGAGUCUCACGACGAUCCGGAAGUCACUUAUCGAGGCGCUCGACUUCAACUCGCCCUCGAUUCCGCCCAAACCGGCCGCGUCUUCCAAGAUCGAUCCCACAUCUUCCAGCUCAAGCCUCGACCACAAUCCGUUCCUUCCGACAAAAUCAUCAAAAAUCUCGGCGUUCGCGGUCGCCGAGGCAACAUCGUUCAAGCUUUUCCUUCUGUUGAAUACGACUUCUCUCCGACCAUCCUCGAAAUGAACCAAGACGAUCUGGUACACAUUCAGUGGGAAGGAAGCAACACCAAUCCCAACUCCGACGGCGAAGGGCGACAAGGAACUGACAGAUCCAACAUCGUUCCCAUCACUGUCCCCGGCGCGAGCAUCCCAGCUGGCACUCCUUCUUUCCCGAACAAUGAGCUCGACGAAGAUUACUUCCAGUACACUGAUGCAGAUGGAACCGUUCACACGUUCCGAGCCUUGAUUGUCCGAGACAGCUCCUUCCCUGAAAUCGUCCAGCAAUGCGAAGCUGCAAAGAUGAAUCUCCCGGAGCCAACCACUCAAGAAUACAACGAUGCUCUGGUUCAGUUCUGGACUCGAAACGGUCAAUGGAGAGGCGAUCUUCCAAUUGGAAUGGCUGCUGACUGGGCUUCUCUUUCUUCCGGCGAGACUGCUUCUUUCCAUCAGUUCCGACAUCAACGACCUCCAAUUGGCGAGAUCGACCACUACGCUAUGAUCGACUCUAGAGGAAAAUGGUACGACGACAUGAACGAACACCGAGUCUUCUCGAGAGCCCUCUGUUUCGCUGAAAUUUCCGAAACUGACUUUUCCGAAGAGCCAAAAAUGUUCGCCGAAUGGAUCUGGAGCGCCGCCGAUUCUAUCAAGAAACUGAACAACACCGAAGAUCUCGAGCUUCAACUCGCCACUUCUGGUUAUUACGAAUGCUCCGACCAAAAAGACUGCGCUGGCGAGUCCCUGGAAGAGAAAGAAGCUCUCAACGAUAAACUCAACAACGCCCCAGCAUACUUCGCUGGAAACAUUGUGCGAAUGAAUCCCGGUGUCCAUCAGUACCUUUCAACUCGAAACAACAACUUUUCCAACCGCGCUCAGAAGGGAACAAUUAUUGUCAACUAA